AUGGGAUUGGCCUUAUUUACCUGGGACAGAUUCUACUUGGAUGCUGUCAGUUCGCAGAAUAUCCAACACGGCGUGGCUGGAAUCCCUUUGGCCUUUUACGCUGCGGGUGUGACUAUUGGGGCGCUGGCUGCCGGCCGUUUGGUAACAAGGUGGGAAAAAAUCUGCCACAUGGGACGCCGUACUGACUCCGAUGUGCUAACUUAUGUACACACCAGGGCCAAGAGAUGCAAGAAGUUAUCUUUGAUAGCUACAGGUGUCCUCAUCGCUAGCUGCACUCUGAUGGUUAUUCGUUGGCGAUAUGUUCCACAGUGGUGGGACUUCGCCUACGUCUUAUUAGCUGGCAGUGGGAUCGGUGCUCAGUUCUCGAUCCAGUUUAUUAGCUUGUCCCAGCUUGGCGGCAUCUUUGGAACUGCUACCUCCGCAGGUCUACUGCGUACUACUUUCCGUCGCCAGCUAAAUAAGCACCUAUUCAAUAUUCCUAACGCGCAUAAGAUUAUUGCCGGGGUUUUGAGAGAUAGUCGUUUUAUCUUUUCAUUUCCGGAAACAAUUCAGCUUCUGGUUCGGUCCAGUUAUCUGAAGAGCUUCCAAGUUCUUCCAACGAUGUUGCUUGUGGAUGAUAUCCCCAUUCUGUAA